UUUAUCCUUGUUUGACUACGCUUCCACCCUUCCCCUCUCUCCUUCUCACGGUUUUCAUUUUUUGGGGGGAUCGGGGAUGGUGUCGGAAGACGACCUGGCGUCGGCCUUCUGCGACGGGAACUUCUGGCAGCCCGGGUUUCGGUUCCACCCGACCGACGAGGAACUAGUCCUCUACUAUCUCAAGCGCAAGAUCUGUAAGAAGAGGCUCAAGCUUAACGUCAUCGCCGUCACUGACGUCUACAAGUGGGACCCCGAGGAGCUCCCUGGGUUGUCGUUAUUGAAAACUGGAGAUAGGCAAUGGUUCUUUUUCAGUCCGAGAGAUCGGAAGUACCCUAAUGGUGGAAGGUCCAACAGGGCAACCAGACAUGGAUAUUGGAAGGCGACUGGAAAACAUCGCAACAUUGCUUGUUAUAACCGGUCAGUUGGACUGAAGAAGACCUUAGUUUUCUAUAAAGGCCGUGCACCUACUGGGGAGCGCACUGACUGGGUGAUGCAUGAGUAUACCUUGGAUGAGGAGGAGUUGAAGAGAUGCCAGAAUGUACAGGAAUAUUAUGCUCUUUACAAAGUUUUCAAGAAAAGUGGGCCUGGUCCUAAAAAUGGUGAGCAAUAUGGAGCGCCAUUUAGAGAAGAAGAUUGGGCUGAUGAUGAAUGUCCGAUAAUAAAUAGCUCUGCCAAUAGGGAAAUCUCAGUUGAGCAAUUUGCAGAGGUCAUUGUUGAUAAUAAUGUAAAACCUACUGGAGAAAUUCCGUUGAAGCAAGUCGGACAGAUUACUGCUAAUGGUUAUGCUAACACUAACAGCGAACCCCAUUCUACACUUGACGACUUGGAAGAGUUCUUGAAACAGAUUGCUGAUGACGCUGUACUUGACACGCCACGAAUCAAUGAUCAUGUUCAAACCUUAUCUCAGGUUAUUAGUGAAGAAGAAACACAAAGUACUGUGGUGGAUCUGUACUCUAGUGAAGUUAAGUGUCCUCAAUCGAGUACAACGUUUGAUCCAAAUGAUCUGCAGGGCAUCGAGGGCAAUGCAUAUGCAAGCUUUGGCUUCACACAAUCAGCUACUUCACAGAGGCAACUGUACAAGGCAUGUGAACCAUCUGCUUCUGACGUUCAUCCAGUGCAGUCUUUCACUCCCAUGCUACCUGAAGAGGAUUUCCUGGAGAUGGAUGAUCUCUUGGGUCCGGAACCUACUAUUUCAAACAGUGGGAAUCCUGGGGGUAAUCUGCAGUUUGAUGAGCUGGAUGGAUUUGACUUGUACCAGGAUGCGUCCGUGUUUUUCGAUGGCAUGGGGUCCAUUGAACAAGGAAAUGUUUCUCAUCAAUUCAUGAAUUCAAUGGAGGCUAAUAUUGUAAAUCAAUUUGAUUACCAGAUACAACCAGCACUUCCAAUUCAGAUCAACCAUCAGCUGAAUCAAGAUCUAUCUCAGAUUAACAAUCAGCUAUGGGUGCAGAAUGAAAUGCGAGACUUCUAUACAUCUGCAGAAUCAAACCAGGGGCCUGGACUUAAUUUCACCUCAGGUGUGGUACAAGAAUCGUCAAGUCAUCCUCCACAAGAAAAUCAGAAUCAAAGUGGCAAUGAAGCUGCCGGUGUUGCUAGUCAGUUUUCUUCUGCCCUAUGGGCUUUUGUUGAGUCUAUACCUACUACUCCUGCAUCUGCAUCGGAGAAUGCCCUGGUGAGUCGGGCCUUUGAACGGAUGUCUAGCUUUAGCAGGAUGAAAAUAAUGGCGAGGACCGCCAAUGUCCCUGCAGCAGAAACUGUCAGGGGAUCCCGAAAGAGGGGAUUCUUCUUCCUUCCAGUUCUUGUGGCACUAUGUGCUAUUUUUUGGGUUGUGAUGGCAUCUCUCAGGCAAUGGGGGAGAUGCAUCUCCUCAUGAGUUAAUAAAUGGAAGAGAAGAAAAGGGAAGUUUUGUUGCUACAUGCUUUCCUUAGAGAAGUUGAUUUUCAUUAUCAAUGAAACUAUAGGAUGCUGAUUAUCUAUAUGAUAUUUGAUUGUAAAGGGUGAUUUUUUGCUCUAUUCCUCUUCUUUUGUAUAUAGAAAAAUCUUGACAAGCUCUAUUGUUAAAAAAACAUGGACAAUGUGAGGAACCCUAUGGCCAAUUUGAGUAACAACAUGGACAAUAAUUGUUUA